GAAAACAGCUGUUUGAAGACACAACCUUUCCUCAUUGUUUGCCGACGGUACUCAGAGAAAACACCCGGGCUGAGAGAAAACCACACUCACCGCUCCACAACUCGUGGACUUCCUCGUCUGUCUCCCCGCUCUGUGGACCACAGUCUGCGUCAGUUUCGGCCCGGUUCGGCGCGCCUCGUUUUUGUCCGCCCGCCAGGAAACUUAACUGGGAUCCAUGGUGUUAAAUUUCCGUUGUAACAAGUGGAUAACAGGAGGCGACCCGACCAAGGUGUAAUGAGAACGCUGGUCAUGGACAGAUGAUGGACGUGGAGACGUCGUACUCGGACUUCAUCAACUGUGAUCGCACAGGCCGCAGGAACGCAGUACCUGACAUCGUGGGGCAGGGGGCAGCAGCGGGCAGUACCAGUGAACUCACCAAAGACCUGGCGGAGAUGGACCUGAAGGCUGCAGAUGGAGAGCCGGGGGCCUCCCCAGCCCCUGAGGCAGAGGGCUCCACCAGCCAAGAUGCCCAGGGAAGUGGAGGCCCAUCCUAAACUCAGCCCAAGGUCAAAUGGGGGCAGAGCUUAGUAGAGAAAAUUAGGAAAGGAAGCAGGUGAAAGUGGAGAGACAUGAGUAACGGAAAAAGAGAGAGUGUAUAUUGUUGUCCUAACCAGACACAAGACAUCUUUGCCCACUGCCGGCCCGUUUGGAGCUUCCAUGGCUCUAAAUGUUUUGCCUUUUAUUGGAUCCGAUUGUAACAUGAGGAACAGAACAGAGUAAACCCUGUUGACAGUUGAGUUGCUGUGCUUUCCUGUUUGUCAAUCAUAUUCCUGACGAGAGGAGAGAGCACAGAAACUUUGGAUUAAGGUCUGUGGAGAUGGACUGAGCUGAAUUAAACUCCUUUAUAACACUCACCAUUUAAACAAUGUUCCAGUCUAAUAUGGAACCGUGUCAUGGAGUGCAUAUUCAUAAUCACCUGUGUGUCUAUUUCUUUCUUUCUACUGUGUGUGUGUGUGUGUGAGAGAGACCCUGUUGUUGUCGUCGAGUCUUUUUCAGUAACAUAGUUAACAUUAUGCUGUCGUGUAAAGACUUCAUAUUUAUUGCUAAAUGUUAAGUGAAAACUUUGUGAUAGCAAUUUUCUUUGUGUAAUAAAAUACUUAUGAAUUACUGAAA